CUCUGCUACAAGAUAACUUCCAACUUUACUUACCUACCUAAUCAAACACCGCACCCAAUGAAGCUGGCCGUGGCUCUUGUUGUCUACAUCUCCUUGAUCCCGGGAACCCUGUCUCUGGUGGAACCUUGCAAAGAGAAUCUGGUUUACUGCGGCUCAACCCUGGAGCAGUACCAUGGUUACACUCCGGACGAGAUCCGCUCUUAUAUCAGCAGGUCUUCACUUGGCCAAUACAUCGAGGAUGCACUCGAUGAGCCGGAAAACGCACUAUUUCGAUGCACAGAUACUGCUGGGGACCUGGAUCUGACAGCAUUCUGCUAUUCAGGCUGCACUCAGCCUCCAACCGGUGAUACUUGUGCUGCUGAACCUUAGGAGACUUUGAGACCGUUGGGCCUUCAUGGCUGAUACCCGGGGGUGAAAUUGGAGGGUGUUUGGUUUUCUUGGCGUUUUAAACUAGGUUUUAUUCUGGCUCAGUGGGUAUUUCCUAUAUUCUAUGCAAAUGCGAAGGUCCUUUUCUUUUUAAA